AUGCUUCGUAACUUUGGUACUUUCGGCAAGCAGAUUUCGCGGGCUCGUUUAUUGUCUACGCUGACCCUGAUCGAGCACGGCAAUGGUGCUGCUCUUCCUGGCUCCCUCAGUGCUCUUGCUGCUGCAAAGCAGUUGGGUGGUCCCGUUACCGCUCUGAUCGCGGGUAGCGAAGGAUCGCAGGUGGCCCAGCAGAUCGCCAAGGUCGAUGGCGUGGAGAAGGUUCUUGUUGCUGGUAACGAGGUUUACAACCACAGCAUGCCUGAGACUACCUCUGCUUUGUUGGUCGACGUUGUUAAAGCCGGCAACUUCACCCACGUUGUGGCUCCGUCUUCGGCAUUCGGUCGUGCAGUUGUGCCCCGCGCUGCUGCUCUUCUUGACGUCCAGCCCGUCACCGAUGUUAUCAAGAUCGAGGGCGAGGACACAUUCGUUCGUCCUAUUUUCGCUGGCAACGCCCUUUCCACUGUAAAAAGCACCGAUGCCAUUAAAGUCUUGACUGUUCGUGGUACUGCCUUCGACGCUGCCACUGAGGGUUCUGGUUCUGCUGCUGUUGAGGAUGCCGUUGACCCCAAGCCUGCUCCUCAGUCCGAGUGGGUUUCCGAGCAGAUUGUCAAAAGCGAGCGUCCCGACCUCGGCACCGCAGACCGGGUCGUCUCUGGUGGCCGCGGUCUCAAGUCCAAGGAGCAGUUCGAGGCGGUUAUGUAUCCCUUUGCAGAUGCUGUUGGUGCUGCCGUUGGUGCUUCUCGUGCCGCUGUCGACUCUGGGUUUGCCGAUAACAGUUUGCAGGUGGGUCAGACCGGUAAGGUGGUCGCCCCGGAAUUGUACGUCGCGGUCGGCAUUUCCGGUGCCAUUCAGCACCUGGCUGGUAUGAAGGACUCCAAGGUCAUUGCCGCCAUUAACAAGGACGCUGAUGCACCCAUCUUCCAUGUCGCUGACGUCGGUUUGGUUGCCGAUCUUUUCGAGGCUGUGCCUGAGCUCACCAACAAGCUCAAGUAA